GCUCAGAUACGCAGCUGAGCAGCCAGCAAGUAGCAGAGACUGCAGAGUUGAGUAAACGACAUACCGUUUUACGAAAACGACAUGGCAUUGACAUUUCCCGGAAAAGGGAAAUAACACAAUCGAAAGAAAGAACUGAGACGGCGGAACAAUCAAACAAACGAGUGAGAGUGAGAGUGAGAGUGAGAGUGAGAGUGAGAACCUCCAGCAGGUCCGUUUCCGGUUGUUCACAACCUACCACCGCCGGCGAUCCGUUCAUUCUUUCACAGCAGAGUAUAGGACCGAAGCAGCUGCAGUGCCUCCUUCUUUCGGUCAUCUUGGAAUAUAAUACAAUCGGAAACUCAUCACAUAGCCUACUCAGAGUCUGGGUGCUGUUUUUGUCCCACAAAUUCAAAACUUAAAACCUCGACAUUUCUUUCCUGAUUUCGUUCAAAAAUCGAGCUUCCGGGCGCUUAAUAGGAGAAAAAGUGAGAGAGAAUCAAUACAGAAAGACAGAUAUUUGUAGAAAUGUUGGCAAUUGGCAACUCUACUUCCAGUUUGCAUGCGGGCACUAGAUGCAAUCCUUUACUCAGAGAGCUUCAGGUACCCACAUUGGGGGAAUCUCCAAAGAGUUUUUGGGUUAGAAAGGAAUGUAAUUUAAGAGGGAAGUGCUUAACUUUAGCAAAAAAAAUUAAGUUGAAUUGCUUGGCAGACAAAGCAAUGGAUGUGAAAACUUCAGCUUUAGUUGAUGGUGUAGCGGAUGGCUCAAGUGAAUUUGACAUUAGAGAGCCAAGUAUUUCAACAAUAUUGAUGAACUUUGAGAAUAAGUUUGAUCCUCAUGAUGCAAUGAGCACACCACUUUAUCAAACAGCUACUUUUAAGCAGCCGUCAGCAAUAGAAAAUGGCAAAUAUGAUUACACCAGAAGUGGAAAUCCCACCAGGGAUGCUUUGGAAAGCCUCUUGGCAAAGCUAGAUAAAGCAGAUCGGGCAUUUUGCUUCACAAGUGGAAUGGCUGCUUUGGCUGCAGUCACUCAUCUUGUUGGAAAUGGUCAGGAAAUUGUUGCUGGAGAUGAUCUGUAUGGUGGUUCUGAUAGAUUGUUGUCUCAAGUAACCCCAAAAUCUGGAGUUGUGAUCAAACGAGUAAAUACUAGCAAUCUGGAUGAGGUUGCAUCUGCAAUUGGCUCCUGGACAAAACUUGUGUGGCUAGAGAGCCCAACUAACCCACGUCAACAAAUUUCUGAUAUUCGGAAAAUUGCAAAGAUGGCUCACACACAUGGUGCUCUCGUCUUGGUAGACAAUAGUAUUAUGUCACCUGUAUUAUCACAGCCAUUGGAACUUGGGGCAGACAUAGUGAUGCACUCUGCUACUAAAUUUAUAGCUGGCCACAGUGAUGUCAUGGCAGGUGUGCUUGCAGUAAAAGGGGAAAGCUUGGCGAGAGAUUUGUAUUUCCUACAAAAUGCAGAAGGCUCUGGAUUAGCACCAUUUGACUGUUGGAUUUGUUUACGAGGUAUUAAGACCAUGGCUUUGCGUGUAGAGAAACAACAGGACAAUGCACAGAAAAUUGCUGAGUUUCUUGCUUCACAUCCGCGAGUGAAGAAAGUGAACUAUGCGGGUCUUCCUGGUCAUCCUGGACGUGAUUUGCACUAUUCUCAGGCAAAGGGUGCAGGUUCUGUGCUAAGCUUUUUAACAGGAUCAAUAGAACUCUCAAAGCACAUUGUUGAGACUACCAAGUAUUUCAGUAUCACUGUCAGUUUUGGGAGUGUGAAGUCACUUAUAAGUCUGCCAUGCUUUAUGUCGCAUGCAAGUAUACCAGCAGAAGUUCGAGAAGCCAGAGGCCUUACUGAAGAUCUUAUUCGCAUCUCUGUUGGGAUAGAGGAUGUCAAUGAUCUGAUUGCUGAUUUAGACCAUGCUCUAAGAACUGGCCCACUGUAGCCUUUUGAGGCACUACAGUACAAGACUUAUUCCUACAACCUAGAGUCAUGAAUCUGAAAUUUGAUGUUUUGUUUUUGCUGUGUUAUGAUUUAAGCAUAUUUAAGUUGAAUCCAGGUUUUUGGUUUAUCGA